GCCGGGCAGUUGAGGACAGGAGAGAGAAGGCUGCAGACCCAGAGAGAGGGAGGACAGGGAGUCGGAAGGAGGAGGACAGAGGAGGGCAACAGACACAGAGCAAAGGCGGCAAGGAGGAGACCCUGGUGGGAGGAAGACUCUGGAGAGAGAGGGGGCUGGGCAGAGAUGAAGUUCCAGGGGUCCCUGGCCUGCCUCCUGCUGGCCCUCUGCCUGGGCGGUGGGAAGGCUGGCCCCCACCAGAGCGGAGGGGAAAGCACUGGGACAAAUAUUGGGGAGGCCAUUGGGCAUGGCAUGGGAGAUGCCCUGGGCCAAGGGGCGGGAAAGAUUAUUGGCAAAGAGGCCAGAGGGGCAGCCAGCUCUAAAGUCAGUGAGGCCGUUGGCCAAGGGACCAGAGAAGCAGUCGGCACUGGAGUCAGGCAGGUUCCGGGCUUUGGCGCAGCAGAUGAUUUGGGCAACAGGGUCGGGGAAGCAGCCCAUGCUCUGGGAAACACUGGGCAUGAGAUUGGCAGACAGGCGGAGGAUGUCAUUCGACACGGAGCAGAUGCUGUCCACGGCUCCUGGCAGGGGGUGCCUGGCCACAGUGGUGCUUGGGAAACUUCUGGAGGCCAUGGCAUCUUUGGCUCUCAAGGUGGCCUUGGAGGCCAGGGCCAGGGCAAUCCUGGAGGUCUGGGGACUCCGUGGGUCCACGGAUACCCCGGAAACUCAGCAGGCAGCUUUGGAAUCAACCCUCAGGGAGCUCCCUGGGGUCAAGGAGGCAAUGGAGGGCCACCAAACUUUGGGACCAACACUCAGGGAGCUGUGGCCCAGCCUGGCUAUGGUUCAGUGAGAGGCGGCAACCAGAAUGAAGGGUGCACUAACCCCCCACCAUCUGGCUCAGGCGGAGGCUCCAGCAACUCUGGGGGAGGCAGUGGCUCACAGUCGGGCAGCAGUGGCAGUGGCAGCAAUGGUGACAACAACAAUGGCAGCAGCAGUGGUGGCAGCAGCAGUGGCAACAGCAGUGGCAGCAGCAGUGGUGGCAGCAGUGGCAACAGUGGUGGCAGCAGCAGUGGUGGCAGCAGUGGCAACAGUGGUGGCAGCAGCAGUGGUGGCAACAGCAGUGGCAGCAGCAGUGGUGGCAGCAGUGGCAACAGCGGUGGCAGCAGCAGUGGCAACAGCAGUGGCAGCAGCAGUGGUGGCAGCAGUGGCAACAGUGGUGGCAGCAGAGGUGACAGCGGCAGUGAGUCUUCCUGGGGAUCCAGCACCGGCUCCUCCUCCGGCAACCACGGUGGGAGUGGCGGAGGAAAUGGACAUAAACCCGGGUGUGAAAAGCCAGGGAAUGAAGCCCGCGGGACCGGGGAAUCUGGGAUUCAGGGCUUCAGAGGACAGGGAGUUUCCAGCAACAUGAGGGAGAUAAGCAAAGAGGGCAAUCGCCUCCUUGGAGGCUCUGGAGACAAUUAUCAGAACUCUGAGACGUCUCCUGGGAUGUUUAACUUUGACACUUUCUGGAAGAAAUUUAAAUCCAAGCUGGGUUUCAUUAACUGGGAUGCCAUAAACAAGAACCAGGUCCCGCCCCCCAGCACCAGAGCCCUCCUCUACUUCAGCCGACUCUGGGAGGAUUUCAAACACAACACUCCUUUCCUCAACUGGAAAGCAAUUAUUGAGGGUGCGGACGCAUCGUCACUGCAGAAACGUGCAGGCAGAGCCGAUCAGCCGGGUGCAGGAUGGCAGGAGGUGGCAGCUGUAACUUCCAAGAGCUAUAAUUAUAACCAGCAUGCGUAUCCCACUGCCUAUGGUGGGCAGUACUCAGUCAAGACCCCUGCAAAGGGGGGAGUCUCGCCUUCUUCCUCGGCUUCCCGGGUGCAACCUGGCCUGCUGCAGUGGGUGAAGUUUUGGUAGGCAAUUUCUUCCAACCACCGCCGAGGCCCCGAAAAGCACUGGUCGUCAGGGAGCUCCUCCCCUUGGCCCCCAGCCUGUGCCAGCCCUGGCCCGGCUGCCGCACCUCUGUUUCCUAGGCUGGGGACCCAGCUUGUCUCUCCUUGUUUCUUCCUGCUGCACUGUGGUGCUUCAGUGACCACCAGCCUCAUCGGAUAUACCAGCAUCUUUCUCUACCUGCUCCCUUUUGUGACCUGAAGUCACUGUGACAGUUCUCCAGGAAGGAGGAGCUUCCUACUUUUGAGUUUCUCUGUGGAAAUAAAACAUGAAUCUUGUUUCCC